AUGGCGAUCGAACAGUUGCAAGAAGCCUCUGCAUGGGUAGGUGUAAGACUUCACAUUUGCGAUGCUGGAUGGGGUGGCUGUAGAGGGGCAUCUUGCUUAGAACACGCUAAAACUCUCAUAGUAGAACUCCUCGAAAUCCCAGACAUCCCUUAUGCCCACAAGCUGUUCAAUCAAAAUCCUCAUCCAACUGUCUUUCUCUAUAACAAACUCAUCAAAGCCUACUUAUCUCACAACCAACCUCACCAGUGCCUCUCCCUCUACUCCCAAAUGCUCCUCAAAGGCUGCCCACCAAACGAACUCACUUUCAACUUCCUCUUCCCUUCUUGCGCUUCCUUCCAUUCCCUUCUCCAUGGCAAAGUAAUCCACACCCAUUUUAUAAAAUCAGGUUUUGACUUUGAUGUCUUUGCCCUGACUGCUUUGGUUGGAAUGUAUGCAAAAUUGGGUGUUCUCACGCUGGCACUGCAAGUGUUUGAUGAAAUGACUGUCAGGGGUAUACCCGCUUGGAAUUCGUUAAUCGCCGGUUAUUCAAGGAGUGGGGAUAUGGAGGGAGCAUCGAAAUUGUUUAAAUUGAUGCCUAGUAGGAGUGUGAUCUCAUGGACCACAAUGAUAUCUGGGUAUUCGCAAAAUGGAAUGUACACGAAAGCGUUGGAGAUUUUUUUGAAGAUGGAGAAGGAGAAAGAUGUUAGGCCAAAUGAAGUGACUAUUGCUAGUGUGCUUCCAGCUUGUGCAAAUCUUGGUGCAUUGGAAGUUGGGGAGAGGAUUCAAAGUUACGCAAGAGACAAUGGGCUAAUGAAGAAUUUGUAUGUAAGCAAUAGUUUGUUGGAAAUGUAUGCUAGGUGCGGUAAAAUCGAUGUGGCAAGGCAUGUGUUUGAUGAGAUUGGCAAGAGGAGGAAUUUGUGUUCUUGGAAUUCUAUGAUCAUGGGCUUGGCUGUGCAUGGAAGGAGCAAUGAGGCUUUGCAGCUUUAUGAUCAAAUGCUGGUAACCAUUGUUCUCACUAUUGGAAGUUUAUCAUAA